CCGUUCUAUUGUGAGAGACGCUCGACGCUCGAGAGCUUCUAUGGAACGCUGAAGCAUCUGAUCUGAACGCACACUGGAUCUGAGCUGCCUGACAGACUUACAAUUUACGCGUUAAACUGGAAUUAUUACUGUCCACCUGAAUUAUAAGAUAUCAAGAGUCUGAAGACAUGGAAUCAACAAAGCAAAGAGGCGUGAUAGCCUACGUCUGCUCCUCAAGCUCCGCCCCCAGCCCGGAGUCCUGCAUGAGUGACAGCUCUAACAGCCACUCCCCAUCAUCCUCCCCACCUCUGCUCUCUAAACCGAGCCGCCUGACAGACCUGCCCACCGCUGGACUGCUGUUGAAACACACUCACCCACGCGGACACGCUUCUGACAAGACCCUCGCUGCCAAGAGCUCCAUCACCAAGUUUAACGGGAUGGUGCUGCUGUGUAAAGUGUGUGGAGACAUCGCCUCGGGCUUCCACUACGGCGUUCAUGCCUGUGAAGGCUGCAAGGGCUUCUUCAGAAGAAGCAUCCAGCAGAAUAUCCAGUAUAAGAAAUGCCUGAAGACAGAAAGCUGCACUGUUGUGCGGAUAAACCGCAACCGCUGCCAGCAGUGCCGCUUCAAGAAGUGUUUAUCAGUCGGGAUGUCCCGAGACGCUGUGCGUUUCGGACGCAUCCCGAAGCGGGAGAAGCAGCGGAUGCUCCUGGAGAUGCAGACGGCCAUGAAUAACAUGAUGAACAACAGUCAGCUGCAGCACAUGCUUCACGGCGCCAUCGACAGCAGCCAGAGCGACUCCAGCUCCUCCCCGCCGUCGCCACCAGAUUCGCCGCGCUCCUCCUCCGAUCUCUCCCGGGACUCGGAGUCAGCCGUCCCUAUGGACACAGCCUCGUCUUGUUCGUCCGACAGCGGGGAGGAAGACGUGCCGAGCUCCGGACGCGUUCCCCUCGCAUCUCCGGCUGGCUCCGAAACGCUCAGCAGCUGCAGUAAAGAGGACGAGAAGCCGCCGCGGGAAUGCUGGAGCCGCUGGAACGAGAGCACCGCCGCUGGACCUUACAGGGAACACGUGACCCAGCAGUGCCGUCGAAGCCCAGAAAACCUGCCUUACCGCACAAACAACAUGAACGAAGUCCAGACUGGAGGAAACAGAGGACACCUGGUUUGUCCCAUGAGCGUUUCCCCCUUCGUGGACCCCUGCAAGCCCGGUCAUGAAAUCUGGGAGGAGUUUUCCAAGAGCUUCAUCCCUGCCGUACGAGAAGUUGUGGAAUUUGCCAAGCGAAUCCCGGGCUUCCAGGACCUCUCCCAACACGACCAGGUCCACCUCCUCAAGGCGGGAACCUUCGAGGUGCUGAUGGUGCGCUUCGUGCCGUUGUUCAAUGUGAAAGAGCGGACCGUGACGUUCCUGAGUGGCAGGACGUACAGCGUGGACCUGCUGCGCUCCAUGGGCGCCGGAGAGCUGCUCAACUGCAUGUUUGAGUUCAGCGAGAAGCUCACCGCCCUGCAGCUCAACGAGGAAGAGAUGAGACUCUUCUCCGCCGUGGUGCUGGUGUCUGCAGACCGAUCGGCCAUCGAGGACGUAAGCGGCGUGGAGGCCCUGCAGGAGACCCUGAUCAGAGCUCUGAGGAACCUGAUCAUGAAAACCCACUCGAACGAAGCCGCCGUCUUCACCAAGCUGCUGCUGAAGCUGCCUGAGCUGCGCUCGCUCAAUAACAUGCACUCCGAGGAGCUGCUCGCCUUCAAAAUCCAACCUUAAACCCCCUCUACUUGCUGUCCGACCAACCUGGGCUGUAAAUUUCCCUCUUGAAUGUAUUUAACGGGCUUUUUACUGUUUUGUGAAUAAAGACGCAUUCGGAAUUGUGGUUUGCUCAUCACGCACAAGCAAAGGUUGUCUGCGUUUCACAUGUGUUUGUAAAACACCAGACUCUUCGUCAGCAGCGUAUCAUCCUUUCAUUAUGUGCAAUAGCUGCUAACGCAUGCCUAUUUCUAUAAGAGCAGCUUUAUGUCGUAUCUUGUCCAAAAGAUUGAUUGUGUGUUGUAUAUGUAAAUAUACAUUAUAUGAUGUAAUUUUUUCCCUGAAUGUAUGUCUGUUGCUAGCAGCAAGUUGGCAUCCUGUAUGACAGGGGCAAUGCUUUUGCACGAGGUGUCGACGAACAGAUCGGGUGCAUUCGACUACCCUGACACCAUAAUAACAGUGCCGACUUGUAAUUUAUGAGCGGAGUCACUUUAAAUGGCGUUUUUCUAUAGACCACGUACAGAGAGGUGUUAUUAGUCUUCCAUUAUGCAGCGGGAAACGUGUAUAGCGGACGUGAACAAAACUAUGAAAGAGAUGGAGUUUAUUUGUACAGAUUGCCUUAUCACUUUUCGCCACAUUUACGGACACGGGGAACAUUAGUUGUUUUUCUUCUCUGUAAUAAUCGCGGAGCGGGGAAACGAUGUUACAAUCCCAGUUAUUUUGGGAUGCGCUGCUUCCGGUUUACUCUAUGCAUAUGGAGACAGCUUGACAAUAUGGACAUUUCUCAGCCUGUAACCCACAGGAAAAGACGUACUACUCUCUCGAUAGGCUCUGGUGUGUCCAUGUUUGUUGUUUCCUUAUAAAAACAGUGCAGUAUGUAUAGUUGUUUAUAUCUGUUAUAAAAACAAAACAAUAAACAUUUCCUUGUCAUUUA